CCCAGCGUCCGUGUCCCCUGUUCGUGGGUUUGGUUUUCAUAGCCUCGCCUCCUGCGCCAGGCGGUAGACCCGACAACACCACCAUGUCGUACUACUUCGCCAUCAUCGGCACGCAAGACAACCCGCUUUUCGAGUAUGAGUUCGGCACGAGCAAGCAGGGCGGUGACGGUCAGCCGCGUUUCAGUGAUGAGUCCCGGCACCUGAACCAAUUCGUCCUGCACAGCAGCCUCGAUAUCGUGGAGGAGGUGCAAUGGACCAACGGGCAAAUGUAUCUCAAGGUGAUUGACAAGUUCUUCAACAACUACAUCUCAUGCUUCAUGACGGGCGGCAACGUAAAGUUCCUACUGCUGCACCAGCCCACAACAGCAGCAUCGGCGGCCCUGUCGUCUUCGUCCUCCUCGACCGCGACGUCGACCCGCGGCUCGACCUCGGUCGCCGCCAACCCGACGAGCCCGCAGACCGAGGAGGCCGUCAAGAGCUUCUUCCUCGAGGUGUACGAGAACUACAUCAAGGCCAUCAUGAGCCCGUUCUACAGGGCCAAUAUGGAGAUCCGGAGCCCCGUCUUCAGGUCGAGGGUCGCUGCUGCGGGGAGGAAGUAUUUGUAAAACCGUGGAUGGGGAUGAUGGGAUGGAUGGGAUGAGGGGGGUUUAGAGAUUUGGAAACGAGGGCGGGCACAAUUCAAAAAAGAUACCCAGGCGUUUGAUAGAAGACUAAGUUGAGAUUACACCGUGUAGCCGUCAUCGUUUCCAUUCGCACGCUACUUUCAUGGACUGUGUAUAUCAUUGGGGGAUUAUGGGAAAUGAAAUUCAAGCAUCGCGACAUGGACAGG